UUACAGGUUAAGUUUAGCACUCAUAAGCAUUGAAGGCUGAGAUGAUCAUAAUUUUUGCAAGAAACAUUUUUUUCAAAAUUCCUAUUUUACUGUUGUGUGAUGUAUUAUUUUUACAAUUCCAACAUUUUACAGUAGCAAUGAAUUUGAUGCACAACAAUGGAGGAAGAAUUCAAGAUUUUGGUUUGAAGAAUGUGCAUGGAGGAUGGUCUGUUUGGUCUUCAUUUGGUGCGUGCGAAGGAUCGUGUGGUGGAAUAGGAAAGCGUACUCGCAGAAGGCAAUGCAAUAAUCCUCCUCCUUCCAAUGGUGGUCUUGAUUGUAUUGGCCAGGAUACUGAAUUCAUAGAAUGUGAAUUACCAGGUUGCACAAUGUCUCAGUUCAAAGAGCUUGUUCAUAAUGACCCCAUUAAAUUGGAGCAGUAUACUUAUUUGGAUGCAAUCCAUUGCAAAUAUCCAUCAUUGGUUGAGCGCUGCAUUAAAGCUACCUGUCAUUUUGAAACCAUCCUGUCUGUCCUGGUCGAUGAGGCUAAUUCCUAUUGGAACGCGUUGCACUGUAUUAAACAUGGCUUUGGUUGCCCUGUUUUUGGAGGAUGGAGUAAAUGGAGUGACUGGUCAGAAUGCUCAGCUCAAAUUGGUGAGGGAGUUCAGUUUUCCCUACGAAAUUGCUCCGAUCCAGUUCCAUCAUCAGACUUUUAUAACUGUGUUGGUGAUCCAAUCAGAUAUCGAUCAUGCAUGUUAUUUUCUUGUGUUCCAACUGGAGAGUGGUCAUCAUGGUCUCCUUGGUCCGACUGUUCAAGCUCUUGUGGAUAUGGUGUCAGGCAGAGGGUGCGUUUGUGUCAAAAUGGUGACUUGGCCAUGGUUACGGAUGGCUCUGUGAAUUUUGAGUCUCUGGUCAACACUUUGUACAAUGCUGCGCAAAAUAUCACCUUAACAAUCCAGACCAGUCUUGCGCCAAUCUGCAGUGGUCCGUUUCAAGAGUUCCAGAUCUGUAAAGCUGGUGAUUGUCCAGUUGAAGGGCGUUGGGCUGACUGGGGAUUCUGGAGUGUUUGCUCCACUGAGUGCGGUGUUGGAACGCAAUUUAGAAGUCGAACUUGCAGCGAACCACCACCGAAGUAUGGUGGAGCAUAUUGUAGUGGCAGAGCAACAGAAGUUCGCAAAUGUUUCCUUCGACCGUGUCCAGUUUCACUUACAGAAAAGGCUGUUUUUUACGGGAACACUUCUAUAUGCUACGCAGCUACUGGCAAUUAUACACGCUUAAUGAUCAUUUUCGUCUCGUUUAAUCCUUUCUCUUCAAAUGGAACUAUUUUGCAUAGAUAUGAGGAGAAAUGCCAUCGUAGCUGUUCAACAGUCAUUUUAUUUAUACAACAUAGGUACUUAAAUUUUGUUGCAACACAUGGAAGUUGCAAAGCUAUCGCAACGUGGCCAUAUCAAUUGGAGGUUGGAUCUUGGUCUGAAGUGUUAGCCACAGUCACUGCUACCGGAAUAACUCUGAAAAUCAAUGAUCUAGGUACCAUUUCCUCCAGCUUUUCAUGUAAAGUAUCACGUUUGAAUCAUAGUUUGUCCAUGAUCGUGGGUGAAAAUUUCAAAGGUCUAAUGAAAAAGUUAUCUGUUAACUUCACGCCAGUCCAUUUGAAAUAUAAUGGCCCAGAGGUGUACCUGCCUGGACUCUCGCCUUUCAAUUAUUCAAAUUUAUCAUUUGAUACUGUGGACGAAGAAGUUUUCAGUCUACCACUAUCAUAUGUAAUUCAUGCUUCAUGUCCACCAAAUCCCAAUAAGUGGAAGAUAAUUUUUGCAGUGAAGCCGAUGAAACCAAGUGGUCUCCUGUUUUUAAUGUCAGGAGAGGACUUUCAGAGCUUUAUUGCUGUGACAAUUGAUAUGCGAAAUAUUGUAUUUUGUCUGAGAUAUGAGUCAUUCUAUGAGGAGAGGAAAGUCCCUUUCAGUGAUUUUAGCAACGGUUGGUUGUACAUGAAGUUGGACAAAAGUGAGGAGAAAGGCUUGAGAUUUUCAGUAAAUGGUGGCAAAAAACAAAUGAUAAAUCCUUUUGUUCAGAAUUAUUCAUUAGCAAGGAUAUCUAACUCGUUCAAAUGUCAUGGUGAUGUGUUUUUCGGCAGCAUUCCAAAAACAUUGAAGGAUCAACUAGAAAAUGUUGAAAAUCGUAUACCUUUUGAAUCAGCAGAUGGAUGGCUGACGUUUUUGAAAAUCAACAAUGAAAGUAUAGACCUCUCAACUUUACUCUUAAUUAAUCCAGCUCGUGCUUCAUUUUACAGUAGCACUUUAGCAUUUUCUGGGUCAUACAAAUAUGUUCCAGUCCUGCCUUCUGAAAUAGUGAAGUUAGCAUGUGUCUACAGUUCUGAGAUUGAAACAUCUUUGUUCAGUGUUCUGUGGCUUCAAGCAGAAUUUAUUAUUAAUCCAGAUCAGCACCACAGCGGUGUCUCUUACAGCAUUACUGACAAUGGGAGUGUAUCAGAGCUGAGAAUUGUAAAUAAUGGAAAUGAAAGCCGUAUAGAUGGGUUUUAUUCCUGUUGGGUGCAACCAGCAGAUGCAGCUAGUCAGGGAAAAUUAUUAAUUUCCUAUGGUUUGGAUGUCAUUGAACCAGAAUCAGCUAGCGAAUCAGUAUUUCAUGCAAUCAACAGUCGAAUAAAUACUGGAACAGAAAAUCAAUGUUACUUUCUGGUACUAUUACUUCUAUUUCCAUUCCUGAUCAUACUCUGCUGCUGCAAGGAAUGCAAGGUGGAGAGAAAAUAUAUCCAUGCAACAACUGGAAGAAAAAAUCAGGAGAGAGAUAAGUACUCACGAUCCAAAGUACAGUAUUUAAAACUGCCAAAUCCAGAUCAAAAUGAAAAAUUCCUAACAGGAGACGGACAAAGUUCUGGUUCUGAAUCUGAAGGUUCAAGGUUUGAUAAAGGAGAGUGCUCAAAAGAUAACAAAGGUGUCUUGGUUGACAAAGAUGGGAAACCUCGUAAAGACAUCAACGAGAGCCAUAAGAGGAGGUUAACCAGUGGAACUCAGGGCACCCUUGAUUCCAUCCAGAAUCCUCCGACUCUAGAUCUUCAAGGCCAGGAUAAAACAGGGAAUGGCCAUAGUUCCUUUCAAGCAAAUCUACCUGAGAGGAUAUUGACUUCAAAAAUAGCAUCCGAUUCACAAUGGCAGACUCAUUUGGGUUACUCAGGAUAUAGCACCUCUGAGGAAUUAUUACUUGGAACAGUUGAGUAUCCAGAAGUUGAUACUUCAGUUCAGAAAUUGAAGAAUCCCAGCAGAAAAAAUCUUGAAAAACCGGCAUUAAGGAAAGCACCUGUUCGUACAACUUCCGCUUCCCUCAAAAUUAAUGUUAAUACUGCUGGAUAUGAAACUACAGCAGGCCUUGAUGCAAAUUUUUGCGAUGACCCAGUCCUUUUCAGAACAAAAUGGUCUAAGAAGACCACCUUUGAUGAAGUCCAACAUCGCCAAGAGACAGCUAACUUGCAGUGGCAGUCACAUACUUGUCGUUCAGGGAACAGCUCAACUACUGAGACUGUAAUCAACACUAUCAACUUAGACAGAUCAACGGAAGGACAAAAAGACUCCCAAAGAAAGCACUUCAAAAAUGUGAUCAGUAAAGGAAAAGAAAUUACUCAUACAUUUCCAACUUUUAACGAAGCAAAAUCAGAAGAAAUGAAGAAUGAAACAGGGGAGGGUGAUGAAAUAGAUAUUUUUACUUUACUUCCAACAAGGCGAUAGGCACCUCCAAGCACUUAUAUUUUAGAGUAGUUUUUAAGCUACUUUUUCAAAAAUCCACUUUUUUUUAUUCAACCUGAGUUUGUUCUGUAGUGUAGUAUAUAUAUUUAUUUAUCUCUUAAAAGGGACGAAAUUGGUAUUGCCAAACUGGCAUUGUGCACUCAUGGUGAGAGGAUUACAGAGACAGAUAAGUCAUAGUCUAUCUUUGAGAAGUUAUCUUGAGAAGUGUAAAAAAAUAAAAACUUUCGGAUCAUAUUUAGUUGUAAACUUGUGAAAAUGAAAGGGAGAGUCUGCUCACCAUUAGAGAGAGGAGGCUUUUUAAAACUGAGCCUCGUUCUCAGUUCAAUUCUUUUUCUUCUUACUUUCAGCUUGUUUCCUGCUGAAUAUUUUAUUAGCACAAUCAUAAAAUAUCACUGUGUAUUCUAUGUUUAAAUAGAAAAUAGAACAGCUCUGUAUUUUUGUUUUCCUGCUAAGGACUUAUCAAUAGCUGUGGAAAUGUAUAUCAUUGUCUUUAAUUUCACCAUCGAUCAUAGUUUGAGGUCAUCUUAGCCCUAUAAUUUGUGUUUUGUACUGAAGAUGAUUAAAAGUGGGCGGAAUAUUGUUUGGGUAUUGAUCGGUGAACAUCGUUUAGGUGCUGAAACAGGCCGAUGCUUUGAUUCUAUUAGCAUAACCUAAGUCCUCAUUGAGUUAAUAAAGCCACAAUUAGAGGUGC